CUCAAAUGUGCUAAACUACAUAUUGGUGCAAAGUUACUUAGGCUUCUUUGCCAGCGCUGAAGCUGAAGUCAACACUCAGCACUCAAUUCCGAGCUGUUGAACACUUUGACUAGGCUCAUCUCCGAAUCUGUUCAAACGCGCGCUUUUCAUCUACUGCCCUCGAUUUUCCUGAAUUAUUGUUCUUUUAUUACACAUGUCUACGGAGCCUGUAGCAGAUCCUGUCGAGGAAAAACGGGCUGCAGGAGAGGAAACUACGAUGCCUGAAGGAAGUGAAGAUGAGAAGAUGCAGAAUGCUCGCAAGCAGAUCGAGUUCUAUUUUGCCGACUCGAACCUGCCGUUCGAUAAGUUUAUGUGGAGUCUGCACACUGCAAACGCAGAACACUGGGUACCCAUCAAAACCGUCUCGUCGUUCAAGCGCAUGCGAGAUUAUGUAUCGAAAGGCCAUGAUUGGAUAGUGAAGGCCUUACGGACAAGUGAGGAGCUGGAAGUGGAUGAAGCUGGCGAAAAUGCGAGGCGUCGCACUGAGGUUCAACCACCGAAGGGCCAGUUUGAGAGAAGUGUCUAUGCGAAAGGGUUUGGCGAGGAGACUUCCGAUUUGCAGAAGAAAUUGGAAGAGUUUUUCAACCAGUAUGGACAAACGAAUGCCGUCAGGAUGCGCCGUGUAGACGGGAACAAGCAGUUCAAGGGAUCAGUCUUCGUCGAAUUCACAGACAUGAAAUCCGUUGAAGCAUUCCUAAAUGCUGACCCCAAGCCAUCUUGGGAUGACGCCGAGUUGUUGAUUAUGUCCAAGGAGGCCUACUGCGAUAUGAAAAUCAAGGAAAAGGGUCUUACUGGCAAGACCGCUGAGAUGCGCAAGGACAGCAUCGCAAGCCGGAAGGGCUUCAAUGCGUUCCAGGAGAUGGAUGGGAAGGGUAAAAAGGGUAAAGACAAGCCCAACCCCGAAGUCUGGCUCGAGUUCAUGGGGUCCAAGAUUCGUGUGCAGGAGGAAGAUGGAGGUAGCGUGAAGAGUGAAAAUGUGCCGUAUGUCAAGGGCGCAACAAUGAAGUUCACGGGCUGUGGUGGUGAUGCUAACUUUAACGACAUGAAGAAUCCUUUGAGAGAGCGCUUUGCCCGAGUACCAUACAUCCAAUUCUCGAAAGGAGAUGACUUUGGUCUCGUUGGAUUCGACAAAACCUUGACGGAAGAUGAGAUUGACUACGUGAAGACCAACCUGAAGACCGUGAACUCCAAUGAAGUUCAGUGGUCUGUACCUGAAGAGGAAGAAGAGAAACAAUUCCAAAUCGAUCGUGCUAACUUUGCUGCGCGAUCAGCUCUCUCGCGUUCUCAGGAUCGAAAAGGUGGUUCGUCACGGGGCGGACGAGGAGGCGGACGAGGAGGUGGACGUGGAGGCCGGGGUGGGGGUCGGGGUGGUAGAGGUGGAGGCCGUGGUGGUCGAGGUGGAGGCCGUGGUGGAGGCCGCGGUGGCGAGAAAAGCCAGUCUGCUGCAACAUCUGAGGAGCAGAGCGGAGAAAAGCGCAAACGCGCCGUUGAGCCUGACGGUGGCCCUGAUACUGGAAUUCGUGGUCAGGCUGUCCCUACGAUUGCGCCAUCGAAAAAAGCAAAAACAGAUGCUGCAUCAUAGUAUCUGUACGAAUACGCUGUGUAUAUUCUGUACAGUACUAGUCUGAGUACUACUUGCAUUCAUGAAGCUAUGUGCACAGGAGGUCACAGCUGGGGUACCCGGGAGUAUACUCCAUGUAAGUUUGGCGGUACCCGGGGGUAUACUCCACAUAUUUUAGGUACUAUGCUGUGC